AAAUAUGUAUCAACCACAGAACUGACACUUAGUAACAGUUCCCACACACUACCAGUAAGUUGACUCACUGUACAAGACCUCUCCUCUCCCCUUCAGUCUACUGCAGGGUGGGAGUUGCAACAAUGGCCUUGAGAACAGUAGGAAGUGUGUUGAUGGUCUUUCUCUGGUCUGUAGCAGUGGCACUGGGGCAGAUUGGCUGGAGUGUUACAUACACCAAGAAGAGUAUCUGUACCUUGAAGGGGUCAACAGUGGAGAUGUCCUGCUCUAUCAGAUAUCCCAGUUGGCAUAAAGUCAAAACAACCUUCUGGUUCACCAAAAUGUAUGAUGUGGAGAAUUAUGUAAAUCUGAAAGAUGACCCAGUCUACCAAGGUCGUGUGACGUACCAUAGUGAUAAGACGAAUGGACACACCCUGAGAAUCACAGACCUGAGAGAAAGUGACUUUGCUGAGUACAAAUUCAGAUUUAUAACAGAUCAGACUGGAGGGAAAUAUUCUGGCUAUCCUGGAGUCACUCUGUCUGUUACAGACCUGCAGGUGAAGGUGACCACUACAUGGUGGUCAACGACACUGACCUGUAGCACCACCUGUACUCUGACUGGUAACCCCACCUACAUCUGGUACAGGAACAGUAAGAUUGCACAAAAGGACCCCUCCCCCUCAUACUCAUUGUACUUAAAAACUGAAGACAGCUUCUACUGUGCUGUAAAAGACAUCAAUUCUCCUGCAGUGUCUGUUGAGGGUCACAGUUAUUUCCACGUGACUUACACCCAACAGAGGAUCUGUACCUUGAAUGGGUCAUCAGUGGACAUAUCCUGCUCUUAUACUUAUCCCAGUGGUCAUACAGUCUCUGAAACAAUCUGGUAUACAAAAGGAAAACUUAAUGAGGCGCCUCAAAUCCUGAGCCCGGGGUAUGGAGGUCGUGUGGAGUACCUUGGAAAUAUGCAGAGUGACUCCACCCUAAGAAUCACAGACCUGAGAGAGGAAGACUCAGCUGAGUAUAAGAUUAGAUUCAGAACAGAUCAGACAACCUGGGAGCCCACCUUCCCUGGAACAACUCUGACUGUCACAGGUCUGCAGGUGAAGGUGACUCCUGCCACUGUGACAGAGGGACAGAAGGUGACACUGACCUGUAGCACCACCUGUACUCUGGGUAACAACCCCACCUACGUUUGGUACAAGAAUGGACAUGUAACCAACCAAUCUACCAGUCUGUUCCUAAACCCAGUCAGCAGUGAGGAUACAGGCAGAUACUCCUGUGCUGUAGAAGGACAUGAGGAUCUCCCCUCUGAUGAAGAGACUCUCACUGUCACAUACGGCCCAAAGAACACCUCAGUGUCAGUCAGUCCCUCUGGUGAAAUAGUGGAGGGCAGUUCAGUGACUCUGACCUGCAGCAGUGAUGCCAACCCACCUGUGGACAAAUACACCUGGUACAAGAAGAACGUAACCUCACCAAAAGCAUCAGGACAGAGUUACAGCAUUACUUCUAUCAGCUCUGAGGACAGAGGAGAAUACUACUGUGAAGCUAGCAACAUUAAAGGGACAGAGACUUCCAUCCCUGUCCAUAUUAAUGUCAUGUCAGUGUUUCCCUGGGUUCCUGUAAUGGGGGUGGGGGCUGUCCUGACUGCUGGAGCUCUGCUCCUCACCAUCUACUGCACUCUGAAGAGGAGAUCCACAGGAGGAAGUGACGCCACAGCAGACACACAGAGUGUCCAUCAUGACCCUAACAGUGACACGUACACAGGUCUGAACAUGAGGACCAUGUCACCUGACUACGACACGCUGGCAAGUGUCCAUCCUGACCCUAACAGUGACAUGUGCACAUCUAUGAAGAAGAAGACCAGAUCACCAGAGUGACACCCUGGGAGUAUUAAGGGACUCCCCUGUGACACAGACCCUCAGAUAGAUGCUGAGCCCUCCGAUUAUCAGAACUGAAGCAAACCACCACAGAACCUGGACAGUGACACAGACCCUCAGAUAGAUGCUGAGCCCUCCGAUUAUCAGAACUGAAGCAAACCACCACAGAACCUGGACAGUGACACAGACCCUCAGAUAGAUGUUGAGCCCUCCGAUUAUCAGAACUGAAGAGAACCACCACAGAACCUGGACUGAAGUCAACCAACACAGAACCUGGACUGUAGAGAACCAUAACAGAACCUGGUCCGAAGAGAAGAGAACCCCCAAUGUUUUUUCCUUGUAAUGUUAAUUAAAUAUAUUGAAGAUAAAUA